CUUUGUCAACUUGCAUAUUAUUAAUUGCCAUGUGCCAAAUCAUAACUGAAGAGAUCUAUAGCACCUGCGGCCAUGCUGUUGAAUGUCACUUGAAACACGGUCUCAUCUACUGCGAUGCGCCGAAUGACAUCCCCUUCCGGAACAAUACACGAGAGGAGCGCCAGAAAAUGUACCCUAACAGAUUUUGCUCAGAAGAAGACUGGAUGGAGCUGUCCGCAGACCAAAACGGGCUCUGCCCAGACUGCAAGCGCAAGAAAGAAAAGAAACCUGUGGCGGGGGUGAUGCGGUCAUUCGGCUGCGGUCACAGCAGGGUGAGUAUGAUCGGACAUAUGCUCCAAUGCUGCUUCUCGCCUGUCCGGCCAGAGCAUCAUCCUGAGAAAAACAAUGGGAGAGGGGUGAGGGACAAGGCCGGCAAAAGCUCCGCUUCGGCGUUCUCUGCGACCUUCAGUAAGUCACUUUUGGUUGAUAUCUCGCGUCAUCUCCGCCUUCGUCCUCCUCGUUCCUCCGGCGUGUGGGCGGAAGUUUCAGGAAAAGUAGGCUCAGCGGCUGCAGGAACUGGUCAGAACGAGUCGUCCCCUCCGCAAGACGGUCACAACGGCGCGGGUCCCGAAGAGGCUGAGAUACGAGGAUUCCACGCCGAGUGCAAGAACAGGGAGUUUUCAUGGAAGAAGUUCCAGAAGCUCCGAAUGAUGGGAAACGAAACCGGCGUUUGGUGCCCGAAUUGUGAACGAGCAAAGACGAAGAUGAUUAUGAAAUUGCAUGAGUUCCAGAAUGCCGCCUCGGGAGAGACAGAGGGGGGGAAGAAGGAGGAAUCUGGAUAUCGCGCGAAGAAACCAAAAGGAUUGACGUUGUUUAUACGUGAUGACAAGUAUUUCUGGCCGGAAGCAGUGGCUGUCCGGGGCCAGAUAGAACAAGAAGGGAAAGGAGAUGAAGAAUGAGAGAAAAGGGCGACGCUUUGGGUAAGAAAACGGUGGAGAACCCAGAGCUUGAUCCGGGAAAGCUGAUAGCGAU